AUGACGAGAGUCCUUGCCGGGGUAAACAGGAAUAAGCUGUCUGUGGGCCUUUCGUUCAAGGACCCCAGGGGCGUACAGAUCUUGCACAAGCUGGCUUCGGAAUGCGAUGUGCUGGUUGAAAACUACAUCCCCGGCUCCCUCAAGCAGUAUGGUCUCGACUUCAAAAGCAUAAACAAGAUCAAUCCGCGGCUGGUCUACACCAGCAUCACUGGCUACGGCCAGACGGGCCCUUACCGUAACCGUGCGGGCUACGAUGUCAUGGUAGAAGCCGAGAUGGGAUUGAUGCACAUCACCGGGUCGAGGGAUGGGCCACCUGUCAAAGUUGGUGUCGCGGUAACGGACCUGACCACUGGGUUAUAUGCUACCCAUUCAAUUCUUGCGGCUUUGUUUCUGAGACAAAGAACAGGGAAGGGGCAGCACAUUGACGUCGCCCUGUCCGACUGUCAAGUUGCUACACUUGCAAAUAUUGGAAGCUCAGUUUUGAUCAGUGGCGACAAAGAUUCUGGAAGAUGGGGGACAGCGCAUCCUUCAAUUGUGCCAUACCGAGGUUUUCGGACGUUAGACGGAGAUCUGAUGCUUGGAGGAGGAAACGACCGUCUAUUCGGGAUACUUUGUGAACGGCUAGGGUUUCCAGAAUGGGCCACUGACUCGCGGUUUGCUUCCAAUAGCAGUCGCGUUGCUAACAGAGCCGUGCUGGAGCCUCUGAUUGAGGAAGUGACCAUGACAAAAACAACAAAGGAGUGGCUUGAUAUCCUAGAGAAUAGCGGCAUGGCUUAUGCUGCUAUUAACGAUGUGAAGAGUACGCUGGAACAUGAGCACGUUUUGGCUCGGAACAUGGUGACUGAGAUUCAGCAUGAGACUUGUGGAUCUAUAAAAUUGAUCAACACACCAGUGAAAUUUUCCGAGUCGAGCCCUGGAAUCAGAGAGGCACCUCCAACUUUAGGCCGCCAUACGGACCACGUUUUGGAGCAAAUGGUAGGGCUUAAUAAGGAAGAGAUUGCAGUUCUGAAGGAAGAGGGCGUAGUGGCUUGA